UUGGUUUCUGGCCCUUCUUCCUUCGCCAUGCUGUGCUGCUCCCAUUUCAGAGACUUUCACGGUCUCAGUUAGGUCUCCUGUCUCCGUCCAGAGAGGCCAUGUCGCUACCUUACCCUGCUGGCUCACUUCCUCUCAGAGUGCAGAAGAUAUGGAAGUGCGCUGGUAUCAAGGGGGAGCUCAGAAGGAAACUUCAAUCCUGCUUUAUAAGGCAAAAGGUGUAGACUAUACAUCCCAGAAAGCUUCAUACACUGACAGAGUCUCAUUUGGCUUAAAAGACGGAACAUCAGGUGGAUUAAAGACAGGUGACAUCAGCCUGAAGCUGCAAAACGUCACACUUGAAGACACAGGAAAGUACACCUGCUUUGUCAGCAGCCUUGCGGAUUAUGACAGUGCAUCUGUCAGUCUGAUCGUGAGAGAAACCGGGCGUCCUCCUCUCCUUUCAGCCACGAUGAAAGACGAUGACAAAGUUAAUGUGAGCUGUGAAUCUGAAGGCUGGCAUCCGAAGCCUGAGCUACGCUGGUCAGACAGGACAGAAGCUCUCACUUCUGCCGAUGUGUCGUUCAGCAAAACCUCGGCUGGUCUUUAUACAGUCCGCAGUUGGCUUCUGGUCCCCAGUUCGUCUGAGGUCUCCUGCGCUGUUGGGUUUGCCAGUGAAGUGCCAAAGGAGAUCAAAAUGCAGCUGACAAAUUCAUUACCAGAAGAGUCUGGAUCCUCCUCGGCUGGAUGGGUGGCCUUUGGGAUACUUCUAGCAGCUGUAUUAGCUGCAUCUGGAGCCCUGUACUUCCUGUACUUCAGACGGAAAGCUAACAAAUCAAGAAAUGACACAACUGAUGGGGCACAACUCAUGAACAGUCCUGAUGACAUUGAACCACUUUUGUCUAAAGCAACAUGGUCAUCAGCAGCUCUAUCAGAGGCUUCCAAGCAUUAUGUGAAUGUUCAACUCAUGGACACAGGCAAUCAGUGGAUAAAAAUCAAGGGUUCUAAACUGAGAGAUAGUGAGGCAAAUCCUCCAGAUGGAGACAGAGUUACCUCCCUCACAGCAGUCAGAGGAUCUCCUGGCUUCACUUCUGGACAACACUACUGGGAGGUUUCCUUAGCACAUUCAUAUUCAGACGCCAAGAAGUCCUGGUGGAUCGGAGUUACAGAUAAACAACAAAUCCCUGAUGAUAAAAGUUUGUCUCCAACCAUAAAUAAUGGAUUCUGGUUCCUGUCUUCUUGCCCCAACCAAGAGCGUACCGUUCAGGUUAACACUGACCCAGAGGUGUACUUUCCUUUAGAGCCAAGACCAAAAACAGUCGGUGUGUAUUUGGACUACGACAAUGGAAAGCUCUCCUUUUAUAAUGUUGAAGGUAAAUGUCUAAUUGGAUCUCUGGCAGCUAAGUUCACAGGAGAACUGUUCCCGCUUUUUAACCCUGGGAAAGGUGACCGAUCACCUAUGGAGGUAUUACAGAGAGCUGAGGAGGUUCAGUCUAACAACAUUAUUACUGAGGUACAAAUACUGAACACUGAGCAGGAUCAAUCAGUUAAGCCUGAGAAAUCACAGGCAGAAAGUUCAAAGUAGAACAAUGAAAGGAACGCUGUGUAGUGUAACGUUGUCCUGCAUGCAGUAAGUCCAGAGUAAUAAUUUUCAAUUUGGGAAAAAAAUUAUUUACAUCUAAAUGAACCUGUUUUACUUCUACUCACAGGAAGUACAAGAUAUGUUUUUGAGCUUUAUUAGGUAAAAACAAACAAACAAAACACUGAGCAUGAGUGAGUUAGGACAUUGUUAUAGAAAAACAUAUGACAGGCUGAACUUUUGAGUUUGAGUUUUUUAAUUGUAUCACUAUUAUAAAAUCCUUCAGUUUUCACUCAGUUGUUUUAGGUUUUAAGGCUAAUCUUUUGGCAUUUGCUGCAUCUCAAACCCUCGUUUUCCUACUCAGCUGCAAUUGUAGAAUCAAAGUGAAAAAGGCUCCAUACUUUUCCCUUCUUAACUUGUUAUGCUCUAAAGGCCUUUUGAUGAACAUUCAAACACUUUGAUAACCAAAAGAUUGUUAAGCACAAGCAGUUCUGAUUGUUUUAAUUAAAACUAAUAG